AUGUUGCCCACGGCUGCCCCCGCCCCUCGCAUCCUCGUCGCCAGCCUCUGGCGAUGCGCCCGCAUCACGCGUUGUCACUCGAUGCACACCAGCGCCAAGCCCGCCGCACCUCUGCGUCCACCAUCUACAAGUACCAGUACCAGUACCGGCCCUGCCGCCCUCGCCGCCGCCGCCGCACGCCGUCGUCUGACUCUGGGCCCAGCGUUACCCCGGCCUCGCCCCGCGUGGUCACCCUCCCCGCACGCCCAUCGCUACCCAUGCCAUGCCGCCUUUUCAACCUCUGCCUCGCGCCGCGCCAAGAACCAAGUCUUUUCCCCAGUCCGCAACAAUGACACUUUCCAAACAUAUCUCGCCGUAUCUUCGUCCUCGCGCAUCCCGCUGCUGACGCUGUGGACCGCGUCUUGGUGCCCAACCUGCCGCACCGUCGAGCCCCUCAUCCGCUCCCUGGUCCAGUCCGGCGUUGGCGAGGAGCAGGGCGGCGUCGCCCUCGCACCCAUAGAAUUCGACAGCCCCGACAUCAUGUCCGCUGGUGCCGACGGUCUCGCCAUGACCUACAUGAUCACCGCCAUACCCACACUUCUCAGUUUCGACGCCGGCGAGGCCCAGACCACCACCAAGAUUACCAAUGGCAGGCAGCUGGCUGAUCGUGAGUUUCUCACCCAGUGGAUCCAAAACGAAGCCCGUCGCCACGGCGGCCGUGGUGGCGGCUCUUCCGGCCUCUCCUUUGGUGGCUUAUUCGGCCACUCCAAGUAG